CAGACACUCUGAUAAUCGUUUCACACAUUCUGCAUACUUUCUUUUUGUGGCGUGAUGGGCUCUCAGUAUUUCCCAGCCCGCUCUGUGCUCUUCCAGAAACAAUCGAGUGGAGUCACGUACCGUGUUCCUGCUCUGAUCUAUCUGCCUCGUUCCAGCCGUUUCCUGGCGUUCUGUGAGGAGAGACUGACGCCCGCAGACGCUCAAGCACAUCUGCUGGUCAUCCGCAAAGGAGCUUUUCACAAAAACUAUGUGGAAUGGAAUGACAUGCAGGUUCUGAGCACAGCGCGACUCCACGGCCAUCGCUCAAUGAACCCUUGCCCCGUUUAUGAUGAGUUUACUGGCACAAUCUUCCUGUUCUUCAUCGCUGUUUUGGGUCACACCUCCGAGUCUUACCAGCUAAUAACAGGGAAGAAUGUGACUCGUCUUUGUUUUGUGUCCAGCAGUGACCAGGGUGACACCUGGAGCUCCGUCACUGACCUCACUAAGACCAUCAUCGGAGACACUAUUAAAGAGUGGGCCACUUUUGCUGUGGGUCCCGGUCAUGGAACACAGUUAAAAUCUGGACGUUUAAUCAUUCCUGCCUAUGCCUAUCACAUUGACUGCAGACAUUGCUUUGGCAAGAAAUGCAAGACUUCGUCGCAUUUAUUUUGCUUUUAUAGUGACACACAUGGAAACGUGUGGCAUUUUGGGGAGGCGUUGGUGGCGCCAGAGAGCGUGGAGUGUCAGAUGGUGUCAGUAGAUGAGGAAGAUGGACUGAACAUUCUGUACUGCAACGCUCGGAGUACAUCCGGCUGCCGCGUGCAGGCUGUAAGCUUUAACAAUGGAGCAGAUUUUCAUGAUGGUCAGCUGGUGCAGAAACUUGUGGAGCCGAGAAAUGGGUGUCACGGCAGCGUGAUCGGAUUUCCAGCUCCGCUCUACCAGCUUGUACAAUCACAAUACUCUCUGAGACAGACCAUCUACAGAACCAUUGCAGCUCUGAUAUCUCCACAAAAUUUCCUUCCUCCUACGUGGGUGGUAUAUACACACCCGACCUGGUUGAAUGGCCGUCGUGACCUGGGCGUGUACCUCAGUCUUCUGCCACGGGACCCAGACAGUUGGUCAGGCCCUUGGGUGAUAUACGACGGCCCCAGUGCCUACUCUGACCUGGCAUAUAUUGAGGUGAUGUCUGCUGAUGCCCUGCCGCUCACUUUGUUUGCCUGCCUGUUUGAGAAUGGCACAAGGACGGCUUACGAUGAGAUUUCCUUCUGCAUCUUUACACUGUAUGAGCUGAUAAACCACCUUCCCCUAAACAACUAUAGAGACACAGAGCUGAAGAAGAGGAGAAGAGUGUGGCAGCGCUGCUGUGUCUGCUGACUGUAUGCACAACCUUGAAAGUAUAUUUUCACUUGAGCAUUCAUCAUGUAAUUCUUAUGUUGUACAUGUACAUUGACUAUGGGAUUCAUUUUCCAAUAUAACAGUUAGGCCCAGUCCUUGAAUCUGAUUGGAUGAGAGGCAUUCUAAGAGUGCUGAUAAAGGAGUCAUAACAGCACUGGGCCCUUCACUGUUUGCAUUGCUCAGGUUGGGUUUGUGGCAUUCCAAACUAAAAUCUAAGAUCAAAGCAGAGAGCUAGAUGAGGGGGAUUUUCUUUUAUCCCUAUUUGAAAAAGAUUUAAGCCAACAGAUGGUUCCCAAAAAUGUCUUUUAUGUGUUAUGAGCGAAUUGAGCUGAUG